GACGUAGCCUCUCCUUGUGCCUCACGGAAGGUGUGCGGAGAGUUCACUACGAGGGGGAAGCUUUGGGCUAUGGCGGUGGUCAUUCCAGUGCUAGUCGAUUCCGCACCUGAACCUUCCUUGCCUCAAUUCACUUCUACCAGGCCUAUUUUAUGGCCAAGGAAGUUCAGGUGUGAUACAUGCUCGCAUUGUUGGUGUUAUCAAUUAGUCGAAUCGAGUGGUACCUGAAUCAGCCGUGCAGGUGCGAGGUUUGAAGUGGGUGGUUAGUGACAGGAUGGAGACGUUUUCAGUACUGGCAAAGGCGCCAACUGGGAUCUCGUUCCAGCAAAUUAGGGGUAGCUUGACGCAGAAUGGAAAUGUGACGAAGCCUGUCAAUGUUGUGGUUCCGAAGUCGCUUGCAAAGGCGAGGCUCUCGUCUCAGUUUCAUGGCACGAAGCUCAGGAAUGUUGAAUUUGUUCGAGGAGAAUCCUGGACGAGGCGCACAUGUGGAGUGGCUGUCGCUUUUGCCGGGGAUGGCAAAUCUUCACAAAAGAGCAACGAUUUGGAGAGUCUCAAAGCUAGCCAGAUCAAAAAAGUUCUCGAUGCCGGAAAAGUGGACUAUCGUGAUUGUUUAGAGAAAGGGGAGUUGGUGAAGCGAUUGAAGGAUACCCAGGAAUUCAUUCCACCCUCCGCUCAACAGCUCCUGCAGUCGUAUCUCCGUGGGGAGGACGAUGCAGAGCUAUCCGCUUCCUCGGUGGAAGUCGCAAAUCCUGUGGAAGGUUGGUGGUUAGAGGCAGAGCGCAACACAGUGAAAGUGUUCCAAGAUUGCAGUCCCUCAGUGGCAAACAUCACAACAUCGUCCACUGCGAAUAUUGGCCUGUCGCUGAACCCGAUCGAGAUACCCCGAGGCACAGGAAGUGCGUUUGUUUGGGACACAGAUGGGCACGUUGUUACAAACUAUCAUGUAGUCAUGAAUGGUAACAAGGCGAAGAUUACUCUUGCGGAUGCAUCCACUUGGGAGGGGAAGGUCAUAGGAGUGGCGAAGAACAAGGACCUUGCGGUAUUGAAGAUUAGUGCUCCAGCUAAGUCGCUGAAGCCCAUUGUUGUCGGAUCAUCUCAGGCCUUGCAAGUCGGGCAGCACGUGUUAGCAAUUGGAAAUCCAUUUGGUUUGGACAGGACUUUAACGAGCGGCAUCAUUUCCGGCGUUGGACGAGACAUUAGAUCAAUUGGAGGUGCCACAAUCAGGGGUGUCGUCCAAACUGAUGCAUCCAUCAACCCUGGCAAUUCAGGAGGUCCUCUCUUGGACAGCCAAGGGCGUUUGAUUGGAGUGAAUACAGCAAUAUAUUCUCCUUCUGGUGCAAGUGCUGGAGUGGGAUUCGCUAUUCCUGUUGACACAGUACGAAGGGUGGUCAAUGAACUGAUAAGGAAAGGGAAAGUUUCUAGACCAGGCUUGGGCAUUAUGUGUGCGAACGAUUCUCAAGCUAAGCAACUCGGAGUUAAUGGCGUCUUGAUUUUGGGAGUGAACGACAACGGUGCAGCAGCGAAGGCUGGCCUUCUUGCUACGAAGCGAGAUCUUUUUGGUCGAAUUGAACUUGGAGACGUCAUUGUGGCUAUCAAUGGCAAUACAUUGAGCAGGGUGGAUGAUUUAGUAGCAGCUUGCGAUGAUCGCCAAAUUGGAGAGAGAGUACGGGUCACUGUGAAAAGGGGGAACAUGAUUCGAGAUGUUUACAUCACGUUGCAAGAAAUCGACGAAUGAUUGGUCUUUGUUAAAUUUUAUCAGUAUUUCCGAAACACUUAGUCACCGAAGUUGGAUUCAAGCUCACAACAAAUCCAGAUGAAAUGUCAGAGAGUAGAUCAUUUCUUAUGUAAACUGUAGGAAUGCACAUCAUUCAGGUUGUGGCUGAUGAGAUCAAGUUCGGGUGGAGUUCGCCAGCAUUGAACCCUGCCGUCAACGGGAAAAGAACUCUUGCCCUAGUUACAACUAUUGAGGGGAAUUGCGAUAUCCUCAUCAAAAGUGGAAGACGGGUUGCUCAAACUUCCAGAAACCUCAGAUAAUAGAUGAGAGGAUCCAACUUGUUGGUGUUUUACCAACACGGGUUCUAUCAUCUGUGAAUCGAGCAACAGUGAAAUGGAUUAAUACACAUAUUCAGCUGUUAUCAAUUACACUGAGAAUGCGUUGAAGAAAACUAUUGCCCAUUUGUAGCA